CAAACACCAACUAAGGCAGUUGUGAAGCAGAGCUACGAGUAGGCUAGGGCUUUUGAUACCCAGGUGCCUGUGUUUCUCGGUAUGGCCAGCCAUGGAGUGUCGCGAGCAGCCGCGACAACUGUGCGUUCGGAGGAGGCACGUCAGAAGGAGCUACAACAAAUCGAUACUUACAAGGAUCUUGUCAAUCAGGUCAAUGCAAAGAUUGUAGAGAGGCAGUAUACCAUAGAGGUAUUGAGUCUCAUUACCAAGCUCCUCAACGAGAACCCGGAGUAUUAUACGAUAUGGAACCACCGACGUCGCGUCCUCAUUACGCUCCUCGCAUUAGACCCAGUUGAUCGUGGCGACAGAGCUUCCCCAGAAGAACUGAUAGAGAAUGAUCUUCAGCUUACCUUUUCGCUCCUCCGCAAAUUUCCCAAAUGCUAUUGGAUAUGGAACCACAGGGAUUGGAUACUGCAGAAGGGAGAGUCUACGCUCGAAGCCGAUACAACGCGGAGAUUAUGGUCAGGAGAGUUGCAAUUAGUCAACAAGAUGCUUCAUGCCGAUAGUCGCAAUUUUCAUGCAUGGAGCUACCGGCGAUUUGUUGUCGCGCAGCUUGACCGAAUACAAUCUGGCUCAAUCGCCGAUGCAGAAGCGCCUAAGUCCAUGAUUGAGUUGGAAUUCGAGUACACCACGAAGAUGAUCAAGAUAAACCUGUCCAAUUUCUCCGCUUGGCACAACAGGAGUCGGCUUAUUCCUCGUCUAUUGGACGAGCGUAAAGCGGAUCAUAACGCUCGGCGCCAGCUGUUUGACAACGAGCUGGAAUUAAUAUGUACAGCUAUCAAUACAGAUCCUUUCGACCAAUCCAUUUGGUAUUACCACCAAUAUCUGAUGAGUACUUUGGCACCAGAUUGUCCAGAACAGAGCAAGAUUGUCCCCAAUCUGACCACAGAAGAUCGAACGAAAUAUUACGCGCAUGAGAUGGAGUACAUACAAGAGAUAUUGGAGGAUGAAGCAGACUGCAAAUGGAUAUAUGAGUCAUUACUGCAUGUCGCCCAAUGUUUUCUAGUGAUUGACGCAGGAACGGAUUUGUUCACAACAUCAGAUAUGCGUAACUGGCUGGAAAAUCUCCAAAGGCUUGAUCCCCUGCGAAAAGGGCGUUGGGAAGAAGUUGGUGCGAGUUUGGGUAAAUAGAGAUUGAAGCAAACAAACAUUUUCAACGUCGGGUUGUAUCAUCUGUUGAGUUUGGUGCAUGCGAACUCUCUACAUGGGCCUCACUAGUUCCCUUUGUUUUCCAUGCCCACAGGCCGAGUAGAUCACGACUUUUCCCUUGACUGUUUUCAGGGAUGACGGG